AUGGAUUUCGGGUGGGGUGAGCCGGUGAAUAUUGUCCCGGUGGUCCCACCAGAGAUAGCUAAAAUUGUUAGUAUGUUCAUGCCAGCGUCGAGGUUAGAACCUCCAAUGGUCGGAGGGGUUCAAGUCAUGAUUACGCUGCCAAGAGCUGCAAUGGUUAAGUUUAAAGAAGAGAUGAAUGCUCUAAACUAA